AUGGGUUUUUUUAUUCGUCAUUUACAUCAAUAUAUCGAAAAAUUAUAUAAUGAACAACAACAAUCCAGCGCGAAAGCUACGGCGCCAUUUACAGUAUUCCGUGGGCAAGGUUUUUCAGUUGAAAAUUUCGAUAAAAUGAAACAAACCAAAGGAGGGCUUAUGUCCUUCAAUAAUUUCUUGUCCACAAGUGAAAAUCGUCAAGUGUCCGUUAAAUUUGCUCGAGAAGGAGCAUCGAAAAAUCCCAGUAUGAUUGGUAUCCUCUUUAUAAUGACCAUCGAUCCGGCAAUAUGUUUCAAAUCAUCAAUUCCUUAUGUCGAUGUUGGCAAAGAUGGGUAUUUCAAGGGCAAUGAAGCCGAAAUACUUUUCACAACACAUACAAUAUUUCGCAUCGAUCAAAUUAAACAAAUGCAAGACGACCAUACUAAUACUCUAUGGGAAGUCAAACUUACUCUUGUGGGUAACGACAAUCAUGAAUUAAACGUACUUACAGCACACCUACGCCAAGAGAUCAAUUGGACAACAGGAUGGUCUCGACUAGGUGGUAUACUUAUUCAACUGGGUGAGCCUGCAAAAGCAGAACAACUCUAUCAGAUUCUCCUCGAAAAAGCAUCUUCUGAUGAAGAUCGAGCGGAGUACAGUCACCAACUUGGCCAGGUGUAUGAUGACAUGGGCGAGUACUCGAAAGCACUUUCAUCGUACGAACGAUCACUUGAAAUCUGGAAAAUAGCUCUUCCUCCGAAUCAUCCCGACUUCGCUCAAUCCUACAACAACAUUGGUUCGGUGUAUAAUAACAUGGGCGAGUACUCGAAAGCACUUUCAUCGUACGAACAAUCACUUGAAAUCCGAAAAAUAGCUCUCCCUCCGGAUCAUCCAGACUUCGCUCAAUCCUACAACAACAUUGGUUUGAUGUAUAAUAACAUGGGCGAGUACUCGAAAGCACUUUCAUCGUACGAACAAUCACUUGAAAUCUGGAAAGUAGCUCUCCCUCCGAAUCAUCCCGACUUGGCUACUUCCUACAACAACAUUGGUUUGGUGUAUAAUAACAUGGGCGAGUACUCGAAAGCACUUUCAUCGUACCAACGAUCACUUGAAAUCCGAAAAAUAGCUCUUCCUCCGAAUCAUCCCGGCUUCGCUGAAUCCUACAACAACAUUGGUUUGGUGUAUAAUGACAUAGGCGAGUACUCGAAAGCACUUUCAUCGUACGAACGAUCACUUGAAAUCUGGAAAGUAGCUCUCCCUCCGAAUCAUCCCGACUUGGCUACUUCCUACAACAACAUUGGUUCGGUGUAUGAUAACAUGGGAGAGUACUCGAAAGCACUUUCAUCUGUUGAAAAAGAUACAACAAACAUUGAUAAUCUUGUUCAGUGGAAUAGUAAUAAUCGUCUGUUUACUUCAUCAAGUUCACGAAGACUAGAACAUAUCUAA